AAAAACUGUGUAUGCAUUUAUGUAUAGCGCCGCCAUUAGUUACGUGCCUAAGCCAGCGCAGCAAUUUGGCGCCUAAAGUCGUUAGCAAUUCCAACUAACCGAAAUCAAAUAAUGAAGUACAAGCCUCGCAAGUCGUAACUAACUCCUCACGGUCACACCUAUUCACACCUUCUCUCUCUCUCUCUCUCUCAAAGAGAGAUGCAGAGACUGGCGAGCUCGUAUCGAGCACCGGACGAGCAGUUCAUCAUAAACAUAAAGCAGCUAGUGCACGAGAAACAGUCUCCGCGAAAGAGGGUUGAGAAUAUCAAUGGCGGAUCUGUCUCUGCUCAAGAUUCCGGCGCCGGCAGGAGGGAGAUUUCCCGCUUCCGACUGUCGGAGAAGUGGAUUCACGCCGUUCCCGUUCUUGUCUUCCUCUCCCUCUUCAUACUCUGGUGGUUCUCCUACCCAGUAAAUUUGGUGAUCAAGGAUGGGAGAAUUACAGCAAUACAUCGAAUCGAGAUACCACUUCCUGUUAACAAUAACCACUUCGACCUCACAAUCCUGGCAUCGGCCACUCAGCCAAGUGCCUCAGUUUCUCAGAAUCUGAUCAGUUUCAAUCGGACUGAAUCACAUCCAGUGAGUAGAGCUUAUUGAAAAAGGAAAACUCUGCUCAUCUCAAGAAAACCAUCAUUGUAUAUUCUCACAAAUGACAUAUGGAAAUUCUCUAUAGGGGUUUUCUUCUAAGGAAUAGCACAACUGAUUGAAGAAUCACUUGUUCUGUUCGAGUACAUCGCUUUGUAUACACUUUUUCCUGUCAGAUCUAGAUUAGAUUGAUAUCUGUUUGUUUCAUUGAGACCGAUGAGAGCAAAGCAAGGAAAACAAGUAGAAUUUGUAUAAAUAACUUCUACAAUUGAUGUGCAUGUAUAGAUUACAUGAAUGAAAAAAACAAAGGAAGGUGCAAAGUUUUGGGGAUGCUGGUUUCGC